AAAUUGGUUAGUGCAGAAUGUGUGGUUCAAUGGUUGUGUGGUGUUGGGAAUACUCCUGCAUGAUUAGACUCACAGAGACAAGCUAAACUAAGCCAUGGAGUUAGUUAACAACUGUUCCUACGAUGUCAACACACAAAGACAGAUCAGUGAAACAGGCAGAGAGAGUGAGAUUGUUGAACAUGCUGAUACAGAAACAAAUGUUGACGUCCAAGAAAAUCCUGCAUACAAUUUCAGAGCUAACAAUGCGAGUGUUGAGUGUGGGGAUGGAGAAGAGUACGAAGUGGCUGUGUACGACACAAAUAUCCCAAUUGAGCCAAACCACGCCUACAAUGUGCACAGCACCGGACAGUCGGAUGAGGUCAGCGAGUACGAAUUAGUUAUCCCAGUAGAGCCACUUCCGAGUUUGAUUUCUCAACAAAACCAUGCUUAUAACAUCGAUAUUACAGAGCCAGAUGACACUGCAUCUGUUGGUAGCUACGAGGAGAUCUCAGAAAAUACGAGAUGGGUUUCAAAAAAUGCGACUGAGCGAUAUUAUGAAGAGAUUCCUGCACAACAAAACUAUCUGACACAAUACCCUACUGAAGAAGAAGCAACUGUUCCACCAUUGAAGGCUAUCUGUAGCUUCUGGCAGGGAAAAGUAGAAGUGGCUGUCAGAAUAACUAUCCUAGUGCUGGCAAUUCUACUGAUGGUGCUAUACAUUGCAUCAGCUGGUCUGGCAAUCAUCCCAAUUACUGGUCGGUUUUCAUCGGCUCCUCUCACAACACUGAUUAUAGGAGGAAUUUUCCCAUUCCAAUUUGCUUGUGUAAUUAUCAUGGAAAUAAUACACCUCUGCAUCAGGACACGCAGGAAAAGGACAAGCAAAUGUUUCCUCACAUGGGACAUUUUAUACUGUUUCAUGACAAGCUUCUUCUCACUGGUGUUCCUCGGAAUAUCAGCCUGGCUAACUGUAGAGUGGUCUAUAACGAGUAAUCCAGUAGAAUAUUUCCUCUUCAUUCUAAUCACAGUGCUGUGCUUCAUCUUCAUGGCUCUGUACAUGCUCAGGGUUUGCUGGAUUAGGGCAACCAUUAGUAUGAAGUGGGAUUCAAGAAUGGAAAUAUAAACCAAGGAAAAUGAAAAGUAGUAAACAGCCUAGAUUCGUAGCAAUUACAAUUUAACGCACACACACGUUGCACUAUACUUUAUUGCACACACACACUGUAUCUAACACCAUUCAACUAGGAUAAGCUAGUACAUUCAAAUAUGGCGGACCUAUUACACACAUCAUUUGACACAACAUAUAGGAUGUACAUGCAAUAAGGGUUUUUUUCAAAGGUCACCACAUUUACUAGCAAGCACACAAGUUCAUGCUUCUCAUAGAGAGAAGCCAUGGAGAUAGUUAACAACUGUUCCUACGGUGUCAACACACAAAGACAGAUCAGUGGAACAGGCAGAGAGAGUGAGAUUGUCAACAAUCUCAGAGCUAGUGUUGACCGUGGGGAUGAAGGAAAGUACGAAAAUGUUGUGUACAACUUCACUAUCGAUCGAGCCAAACCACACCUACAAUGUGCACAGUACCCGACAGUCGGAUGAGAUCAGUGAAAGUGGUCAGUACGAAUUAGUUAUCCCUACGGAGUCAGCUGCAAAUGUGAUUGUCCAACAAAACCAGGCUUACAACAUCAUUACUACACAGCCAGCAACUGAUUGUAAUUAUGAGGAGAUCCCAGAAAAUAUACAACCAAGCAAUUUUAUGAAGAGAUUCCUGUGCAAAAAAACCAUUUGACACAAGUCCCUGGGGAAGUAACAACACAAGCCCCUAAGAAAGUAACGACAUCUGCUCUACCAUUGAAGGCUAUCUGUAGCUUCUGGCAAGGCAAAGCGGAAGUGGCUGUCAGAAUAACUAUUCUAAUGCUGGCAUUUCUACUGAUGGGGCUAUAUGCAUAUGCUGGUCAGGCUUACAUCACACCUAAUGAGUUUUCAUCGAAUCCUUUUAAUUCAUAUAUCAGAGUGAUAAUAGGAGGUAUUUUUCCACUCCAAUUGAGUAUUGUAAUCAGCAUGGAAAUAGUACACCUCUGCAUCAGAACUUGCAGGAUAAGGACAACCAAAUGUUUCCUCACAUGGGACAUUUUAUACUGUUGCAUGAUAAGCUUCUUCUCACUGGUGUUCCUCGGAACAUCAGCCUGGCAAACUGUACUAUGGUCUACAACGAGUAAUCUGGUUCAAUUUGUCCUCUUCGUUCUAAUCACGGUGCUGUGCUUCAUCUUCACGGCUCUGUACAUCCUCAGGGUUUGCUGGAUUAGAGCAACCAUUAGUAGGAAGUGGGAUUCAAGAAUGAUAAUAUAAACCAGCAAGGAAAAGCUAACGGCCCAUACACUGUUAAAAAUGGGGUGUUACGUAGCACACUAAUUUUAGUAGGUAAAUGUCAGUGGUGUGUUAAUGAACACACUCGGGUGACACAACAGAAUGGUGUGUUACUGAACACUCUGACAUCCAUACAGUGGUGUAAAGUAGCACACGAUAUAUAAGAUAUUAAGAAGGUCUUUUUACUUUUCAGAUACCAGAAUUAAUAUUUAUGUUCCACUUAGUACAGUUAGAUCACCAAGAGUGCUAAGUAUGUGCAAGUGAAAUAAGAGUUGAAAUGCUGCAGUCCCUGCAAAUGCGGGAAACAACUUGCUAUCACUCUCAAAGGAAGCUUUAUACUUUGCAAACCCAGAAAUCCAGGUCCUAAAAGUAUGGCUAUAGUAUAUAGAAGCCUGCAAUGCAUGUAGAAUCUCUACAUGCAUGCUAUACUAGAGCUAAGUGGCUAAGUCCAGACCUUCUGUGUGCGCAUGCGCAUUGAUUUAAUUAAAAUCAACAAAAAGAAGAACUGGAGAAGAACUCAAUUUAGCUCUGUACUAACUGCACUGAGUAUUUAGCUUUCCUGAAGAAUAUACACUACUGCAGCACUUCAUGGAGCUUCCAAAGGCCAUUCAUGUGCCCAGAACUUGACCUCAUUCUUGACUUGAGCACUGUUUGGGUAUAGAAGUGACUAUUCUCUGGGACAUACUAACUGCUAUAAAUGUGCAGAAAAGUAUCCAGGAUGAGAUACAAGAUGACUUCAAUCAAAAUGUGCUACUGCUGCUGUGCGCUCUUUCGUCAAAAAGGAAACGUGAUGUGCUGUCAUUAACAGUAAUGUGUUAUGUAAUAAUCUGUAUAACAUUUAAAUAGUCGUUCGUUGUAUAUAUGUUUUUGAUUUGUGUUAAAUGACUUGUACAUUUCGUUGAAAUUGCAACAGCACCAAGCUAGAAGUAAUCUUACCGUCCUGAAAAUAACCAAGUUACGAGGUGCACAUGCACUGUAUGUAUGUGCUAGACAACCAUUAUUAGUGUGCUUGAAGGCACUGUAUGCAUGUGCUAGAUAACACACUUGCCAAUGUGUUCAGCAACACACAACAGCUUAUGUGUUACAAAACACCUUUAGGGGUGUCAAAUUUAAAGUGUCAUACCAACAUGCCAAAAGUGUGUUCCAGAACACAUCAUUUUUAACAGUGUAGCCUAAAAAUUAAGUGCAAUUACGUAACUAAAUUACGAUUAACAAUUAACUGUUUUUGACGUACAUACUAUAAUUAUACAACUGCAUCCCAUGCAUACAGCAUUCAUUAACAUUAAGCAGGCCCUAGGGCACACACAUUACCUUAUUGCACACACAGAGAUACACUCUAGACAUUAACCUAAGUGCUCAUGCAUAUAGGAGGUGAGUGUUUAUCUGGGCAACUUGAAUAAUCAAGGUUGAUGACAUAGGAUGAGUAUACAUGUAUACAUUCAAUAUGGUGAAACCUACUACACACAUUUUCUAAAUAACAUAAUUAUAUUAAGCGCAAUAAAGUAGUUUUCACUCCCCAUUACUUUGAGCAGUUAUAAUAGGCUAUCUCAGUUACUAUACCAAGCAUACAAGUUAAUAGACUCAUAGAGAGAAGCCAUGGAGAUAGUUAACAACUGUUCCUACGAUGUCGGUACACAAAGACAGAUCAGUGAAACAGGCAGAGAGAGUGAGAUUGUUGAGUACAAUAGCAGAGCUAGUGUUGACCGUGGGGAUGAAGGAGAGUACGAAAAUGUUGCGUACAACUUCACCAAUAUCCCGAUCGAGCAAAACCACGCCUACAAUGUGCACAGUACUGGGCGAUUGGAUGAGGUCAGUGAGAGUGGUCAGUACGAAUUAGUCAUCCCUACGAAGUCAGCUACAAAUGUGAUUGUCCAACAAAACCAGGCUUACAACACUAUUACUACACGGCCAGCAACUGAUCGUAGCUACGAGGAUAUCCCAACUGAGCAAUUUUAUGAAGAGAUUCCUGUGCAACAAAACCAUUUGACACAAGUCCCUGAGGAAGUAACAACACCUGUUCCACCAUUGAAGGCUAUCUGUAGCUUCUGGCAAGGCAAAGUGGAAGUGGCUGUCAGAAUAACUAUCCUAACGCUGGUAUCUCUACUGUUGGCACUAUUCAUUGGAUCUGACGGUCUGGUUUUCACAGCUACAGUGCUUGAUUAUUCUUCAUUGCCACCUCCAACACUAAUCAUAGGGACAAUUUUUCUAAUCCUUUUGCUUCUUGGAGUCAUCAUGGAAAUAGUACACCUCUGCAUCAGGACAUGCAGGAGAAAAACAACCAAAUAUUUCCUCAUGUGGGACAUUGUAUACUCUUGCAUAACGAUCUUCUUCUCACUGGUGUUGCUCGGAGCAUCCAUUGCGCUUACUGUACUAUGGUCUACAACCAAUAAUUUGGUGGAGGGAUACAUCCUCUUGAUCAUAAUCACGGUGCUGUGCUUCAUACUUGCAGUCCUGUACCUGUUCAGGGCUUGCUGGAUUAUAGCAGCCAUUAAGAGAAAAUGAGAUCGAAGAAAUGGACCCCCCCCCAGAACUUAACAUUGUAGCAAUAACACUACCUUCUUGAACACAUGCACACACUUCACACACUUAAUUAAUGGUUCUAUGCACAUUGACACAAUUAUGUAAGCUACCGUAUAUUUAUGCUUGUGAAAAACUUUUACGAAUCAGCCAAAUUAGCAGAAAAU